UAGCGCUUGUCACUUUACUCGUCACAGAACACAUUUACUCUAGUGUGUGUAGUGUUUUAUUUACUCUAUGCUUGUUGUUGUUUGCAUUGCAUAUUUUAUUUUGCAAAUAGCAAAUCAAAUUGUUUACAAAUAUUUAUAAAUUACAAAUAAUGUCCCGCACAUCACACACCCAAUUCGCAGCACUUGUAGAUUUUAUGGAAAGGAAUGGGGACCUGAACAAGCCUGGCGACGGCCCGCAUGCCCGCUGGGCGGCUGUGAGCAAGUGGGAGGAGCUCAGUCGCGUGCUCAACUCAGACAGCAGUGGCACGGCCAAGACAGUAGACAAGUGGAAAAAGGUGUGGAGUGACUUUAAGAACAACACGAAGAGGAAGGCUGCAAAGAUCCAGCGCGCUGCCAGCAGUCCAGCAGCCGAUGGUCCAGGUUCCUCGCUGGUGCUGACGGACUUGGAGCAGCGGGUGCUGGUCGUGGCUGGCUGCCCGGCCCCUGCGGGGCUCCUCAACGUUGAGGUCAAUAUUGAGGAAAUUGGUGGAGAGACACCCAACCUAUCAAUAGUGAUGCAAUGCUGCAUGACACUGAUCCAGUCUCACGGUUCCGUAGUGGAGCGAGUUAUAGACGACCCGGCCUUCCAGAAGAUAUUGACACUCACUUCGCUCACUGCGGAGGAGCGGGGGCGAGUCACCUCCGAGGGAGUGAGGGCCAUGAUGGACACAGAGGAAGAGGACUACGGAGAGACUGAUACAAGCGGAGUGCAGGAACAGGCGAAUGAGACUGAAAUUCAAGAACCUAUGGUGUCCAUAAAGGGAGAGAUACCAGAGACCCACUGGCAGUGUUCGUGCGACGAGAUCUCGGGCCGCCACGACGACGCCUGUACCGCCGCCGUUGUUGACUACCUCGACCACUAUCGAGUAUGCCUCUUUUACUUAAUUUUUGUGCCAUUGGGUAUAAUAGCCAUUGGGCAUAAUGGCCUUGUGGUAGGGCCAUCUCAAGGCGAUUCCAGCCCAAUCUAG